AUGAUUUUUAACGCCAAGAAGGGCAAGGAGAAGGCGCGAGAUGGAGAAGAUGGCGGAGGCGGCCACGCGGCUCCAAGCGAUGGAAGUCAGAACGGGAUUAUAAACGACCUGGAGUAUGAGAGUCUGUUCCCGUCGAACGAGCCCUACGAGGGCGAUCCCAGCUGCGGUCCGAGCUAUGGGGAAAACGGCGGCUCCACGUACGGAACAGAGUACACACAUGGCUACAGCCAAAGUCAGACGCAGAUUCAUGGCCACGCGCAGAGUUACGGCCUGGUGCACAGUCACAGCGAGGCGAACAUCAUCGAUUCGCUCUGCAUCAACGAAAUUAAGAGCGCAGAGGAGGACGAGCUGUUUGACGACUCGAAGCAUCAGGAUAAAGAUGAAUUGAUAACAAAGCUCAGGAGCAAGCUGCAGAUUAAAAUAAAAGACUACAAUUGGGUUAUGGACACGCUGAUAAGGACGAAGGAAGAGUGUGCACAAAGGAAUGAGGAGGUGAAAGAACUGCAGAAGAGGAACAAUCAGGUGGAAAAGGAGUGCAAAAAUUUGAAAAAUAUCAUCGAAAGGAAGAACCUAGAAAGUGACAUGCACUACGGAGGGAAAGGAAUCAUUUUGGGAACCACAGACGGAGGUGCAACAGGAGGACCAUCCACUUAUGCACGUUACAAAAGCGAAUACGACGAGGUUAAGAUUAAAUUAGCCAAGAUUGAAGAAAGGUACAAAGAAGUGAAUCGAAAAAAUGAAAAACUAAGCGAAGAAUGUAACAAUAUGAUGAAGGAGAAACUUAAAGCCGAGACAGAAUUUAACAAACAAAUGGAUGAAAUAAAAAGAGAAAACAGAAAUCUGAAAGAAACAAACGAACAGCUCAAAGUGGAGAGGGAAAAACUACUAAACAAGUAUCUUCAAAGUGAAAAAGACAAUUUUAAAGGCAUUAAAGAAAACAAAGCACAAUUGGAGUCCCUUCGAGAAUUGAUACAAAAAGAGGAGACGAUGAGAAAAAAUGCCGUUGAGAGUUUGAACAAAGCAAAGGAGAUUCUGAGCAAAUCCUUGGCCACAUCAGAAGGUAGCAUGAAAAAGUUAUUGGAGGUGGAAAAAGAUAGAGAUGAAUUAAAAGAGCAAAAUGAUCAGUUGAAAAAGCAGGUCCAAAAGUAUCGAAUCAAAGUAGACAAUCUGAAAGAGGCUUUGACACAGUUCGAAAGUAUGUAUAAAAGAAUUGUGGAGAAAAAUAAUCUCAUGUUUUCUUUUACGCAUGAAUUUUUAAAUGCAAAAAAUUGCAACGUGAUGAUUCUUCGAUCGACUAAUGAUAUCAGACAUGUGUGCGAGAAGCAUCAAAUUGAUUCCACUCUCUUUGAAAAUAUCAAUUGCUUCUCUGCUCUGUAUACCUAUGAAGUCAUUUUUAAUACCCCUCUGCCUGACUCGGACGAUUCGGCAGAGGAGCAGGAUGGAAAAAAACGCGAUCAUGAUAAGUACAUAAAGAUAAAAAAGAAAAAGUUUAAGAGCCUGAAUUAUCUACUUAACGAAGCACAGGUGAAAAUCAUUGCUCUGUCGAGGUCAAAUGAAAAAAUGGAGAAGGGCUAUGUCAACGUGAGGAACAACCGAAUGAAGGACGACAUGAGUCGCUUUGUGAAGAAAAACUACCACCUGGACCCUCUUACUCUUCAAGGGGAAAAGACACACGUGGAAAACCUCCUUCAUGAGAAACUAGAAUAUAUCAGAGAGGUAGAAAGUAAAGUUAAGGAGAGGGACACCCUCGUGCAGAAGCUCAAGGAUGCCAACUUUAGGAUCAAGUUGGAGAAAGAGACCCUGCUGAAGGUUAUAUCUUCCAUUUCGAACCUCUCCUCCUUUGUCCACGUCGAUCGUAACGAUAAGAAUUGCUCCAUUGAGAGCCUUGUCCAGGCUGCCGUUAACGACUGCGCCGGUAGACACUUUAAGGGUGGCUGCCUUGUGGACGACCUCAAUGGGAAGACUCCCUCCAACGUGAGCAACAAUUCGCUGCUCCAGGGUGGAGAGCCUGCCGCUACGCCUAGCGGGGCGCUCAACCUGGUUGGCUUCUGCGCCGAUGAGGACGCGUGCAAGGCGGGCCGCGCGCACGCCCUGGCGGAGAAGGAGGAGGGCUUCCGUCAAAUUCUGGAUAAUCUCGAGAAAGCCAUAGUCACCAUCGAGAACAAGCAGAUGAGUUACUUCCGACGCAGCCAUUUGCUCAGUUACUUUGACGAUUACGUCAUCACACUGGAGAUCUUUGGCCGGAUCUCCGAAUACAACGAGGAGUUCCGCGUGGAGCACCUACUGGAGGAUGCCCAAGUUGGGGGCCUCUCCCAGAUCAGACAUGUGGACCUCGCGACCCUCUCCGCGGAGUUACACAAAUGGAAGAAGAAGCACUCGGAAGAGGAGCUGCUGCACCAUUUGGAAGAAUCCAAGCUCAUUGAAAAGUACAGGCAGUUCUAUCACCACCACUUCAUUCAUAUAAAUACGAUCUUCAACACAAUCGUCAGUUACAAUCUCCAUGAUAUGGAGGAAAAGUACAAACUUGUCUAUGAGCGAUAUUUUAAUCUCUUCAAUCUCAACUUCAGCAAUGUGGAAAUAUCCUUCGAUUUGCUGCUGAACCGAUUCGAAAGGAUAAUAAGGCUGGCGAAGAGGUACGAAGAGAAGGUUUUGGAGAAUAGAAAAAGGAUUACCGAGAUGAAUGUUAACGAAGCGAAUCUCUUCGAACGGGGGAAGAAGCUUGAAUAUGAUUUGGAGAUCUUAUCGAAAGAGAAGGAGAAGCUUCAAAGGUUGGUGAGCCUAAAUGAGGAGGAAAUAAAACGGGUAAUAAAUAGCCACGCUGUUCUGCAGAACGAGUGUAAAGAACACAAGUGCAAACACGAUCUUCUAAUUGAGAAAUAUGAGGAGGUGAAGAAGGAGAAGCUACUGAUAGAGGAGGAGCUCUCCAGCAGGCAAAUACGAAAUGUUAAGCUCAGCGAACAGAAUGAAGAAAUGAUUAAGUUAUACGAGAAUGAGAAGGCAUACCUACACUCUCUAAUACAGGAGGAGAAAGAGAAUAACCAGUUUUUGAGAGAAAAGCUAAACUCUUUCUUUUCCCUAAAUGAACAAAUAAAAUGUGAUUACGAUAGGAGGUUGAAUAAUCUCAAUGAUCUUUGGGUUGAGGAGAAAGAGCACAAUAGGAAGAACCUGUCUGAUAUUAGCAAUCUGAAGAUGGAAAAUGUGAAUUUAGUUCAAAGGAUUAAAGAUCUGGAGAGUAAAAGCUCCUUGAUGAAGAAGGAGCUGAACGAGCGCAUCAAGCAGGUCAAUGUGUUGAGGCACUGCAUGGCUGUGUCGGGAGCAGCGGGUGGGGAGGAAGCCGAGGGGGGGCAAGGCCAACAGGACGAUAAGGAUGACCAAAAGGAUAACCAUAAGGAUGACGAUAAGGACUGCAACACGAUUAGCGCCUCUCACCAGGGGGUGAACGUAACAGGCGCGUCGCCCUUCGCUUUAGACCGCGGAGGAAGUGCUUAUCACCAAUCCAUCAUCGACGAGAUAGAGUACAAAGCAGAAAAAGAAGUGAAGAUAAGAAAGUUACAGGAGGGGAAAGCCGAUCUCGAAAGAGAAAUAAUGCAGCUGAAAGGGGAGAAAGAAAUCCUCAUGGGGGUAAUCGAAACGUGGAGAAAUUUCAGCGCAUGCAGUAAGGACGAAAUUAGAAGACUGAAGAAAAUGUGCAGUGACCAGGUGGAGAAGCAUAAGGAGUUCCUUCUGUUAAGCCAAUCGAACGAAGACAAAUUAAGAAAAAUAAAUCAUCUUCUAGGAAUGGAACAGUCGAAGCACGCCAAAGAGUUGGAUGAAACCAAGGAUAAGCUGAAUGAUCAGAUUGACACGCUGAAAAACAAAGUGGCAGAGAAGGAACUGCAAGUGAACAAACUGAAAUGGAAUUACGAUCAGCUGGAAAUCAAAAUAAGAUCUUUAGAGAGUGAGAAAAAAGAUCAUCUAGGUAUGAAGCAGAAGGAGGAAGAAUAUAUAGCGCUGCUUAAAAAUGAUAAAUCGACCUUGCAGAAGGAACUGAGUGGACUUCUCCAGAAAUAUCAAUCCCAGGUGGAGCAAAAUAAGAAGUUACUCAACGAAAGGGAGGUGAUCAUCACUUCACACAGGGAAGAGAUAACCAAUCUGAAGGACGUUCUGGAAAAUUUAAAAAAAGAAAACUCCCAAUUGAAUGAUAUGUUUAGAACGAGAGCAAAUCUAAACGACAAUCAGAUUCUUAAGACGAGGUUAGAACAGAUGAUGGACGUUAAUAAAGACCUGCAGGAAGAACUGCACGAGAAGUGUGCCCUACGGGACAAAGUCAAUCUUGAGAACAGUGAACUGAAGCAGAAAUUACAAAUCGAGAAGGGGAAACUGCUCCAGCAGCAGAAGUACAUCGCGGAGUUGCAGACAAAUCUGACGGAUAAGAACAGUCUAGGGAAUAUGAAUGAUGAGUUUAUUGUUAGUCUGAAAGCGAAUUUGCAGAAAUCUAGGGUAGAAUUGUAUAACCUAGCAAAGGAAAUCGAGAAGGUCCAACUGAAUGAAGAGCAGAACAUGGUCAAGAUAAAGCUGCUGGAGAGCCAACUGUCUAGGAGAGAAUCUGAGAAAAAGAAGAUGGAGCAGCAGUUGGAGGAGCAGACCAAUGAACAUACCAUUCAUUUAAACAAAAUUAGAACUGACUUAGACGUCGUAAAUGAACAAAACAGACUUCUUCGUCUCGCCAAAGAGGAAAACGAAAGGAAGAUUGAACAACUGGAGAAGGAAAACCAAUUUUUCCAAUCCACCAAGAACAACGACUCGGUGAUUGUAGAGAAGGAGAAGCUGCAGAGUCAAGUGACGCAGCACCUCGCCCUGAUUAACGCCAAGGAGAAGCAGAUCAUUGGCCUGAACUUCCAGAUUAAGAAGCUCACCAAUGAGAACGCUGAGAUGAGGGCGCGCGCGGCGGUAGCGCGGGUAGCGGCGGACGGGGGAGUCGCGACGGAAGGGGCAACUUUGGCAGAAGCGAGUACCACCGACAUGCCGCUCGAAAUACACAAAUACAUCAGCGAAAACAUAGACCUGACGGCGGAGCUCGAGAACAGAAACGAAGUGAUCGAGCAGUGUAGGGAGGAGGCGAGGCAGAAGGAGAUGGAAAUUCAGAAGCUGCACGAUGAUAUCGCCUCUCUAUCACGCAGUAUGACCAAAUUGAAAGAAUCCCUCAUCGUUAUGGAGCAGUACAAGGAUAACAUGCAUAGGCACAUAAAGGAGAAAGACGAAAUCAUCGAUGGGUUGAAGAAGAGGAAUAGAAACAAACUGGAUGACGUACUGCAAGGGUACACAGGCAGCACUUCGAACAGUGGCUUCUCUGCUCUGGAGAAUGCUAUGAGCGCUUCGUCGGAAGAGAUACUAACUACGCUUAGAAAUUUGUCUGGAAAGGAAGCACCAGAUGCUGAACCAUCCAUGAAGAAUGGCGAGCCGACUUCAAUCGGAAGCGAACAUAUCGUCAUCAUCAAGUGCAACAUACUGAAGCUAUUUAAGCUGGGAUCCUGCUACCUCUACAUAAUCAAUCGCAAUUUGAAGGAAAUUCAGAUCCUAAAAAAUCAAGUCAGUUCUCUCAAGGAGAGCAUACAGACGCAGAAUGAAUUUAUCCAAAGCCUCAAGACAAAAAAUAAAAACAACGAAGUGAUACAAGUAAACAAUUUAGACCAAAUCGCACAGCUAAAGGAUAAUAUACAGAACAACGAAAGCUCCAUCCAGACAUUGAAGACGAAUCUAAAGAACACAGAACAGAUUAACAAACUGCAUUCAGUGAAUCUAGGAAAAUAUAAGAACUUCAUUGUUCACCUCAUCCAACAUAACGUAGUCAUCUGUAAUAUCUUUAAAGUAGUCAAUUCAAGGAAAAGAGUGGAACCUUCCAUAUUAAAUCAACUGAGGAGCUUGAAAAAGGCCUUCCAUCUCUUCAUGUACGACUCCAUUAUGGACGAGCUGCAGGGAGCCGCCCCUUAUGGUGACUCCACCAUGCCUAAGCAGGAGGGGGGGAAAUGGACCAACGUUAAUUACGACAUCGUUGAGGAGGUCUUUCAGAAUGUCCAGAGAUUUGCUAAUAAUUUUAAUUCAAUGAUAGAAAGGGGAGAGUCUGAUUUUAUGACUUUCCACGCGGAGGGAGAUCCAGAGGGGGGCGAUGACUUGGUUGACGGUGACUUGAUUAGCGUCGACUUGGUUAGUGGCCACCUCGUUAGAGGCGACGCGGUUAAUGGUUCCUCCAAUGUUGAUGCCAGUAGCAGUGAAUCCUUGCAAGAAGGCCAACCUGGCAAAGAACAUGUUCUCCCUUCCACUAGUGAGAGAAGCCCAAUUAUAGAUUCCGGAAGGAGUCAGAACCCUGUGGAGGAUCCAAAUGAGCAGCAAAACCCCAACAGUGAGGCUUCCCAAAGAGGGGAGUCUCCAAACAUGGUAAACUUUGAUGAAACGGCGGUUGAUGACGAAGAAGCAAAGGGAAAAGGAUCCGAUAGAGGAUACCUCUCAGGGAAGGGAUCACACGAAGAAGUGGAGCCCCCCCAGGGGGGUGCCAUCAUCCCGUUGGACAAACAAGACGGAAGUCAAGAAACGAACAACGAAACGUUGCAGCGAUAUGAGGAGAACAUCUUGGCGGACAGGCAGUCGUCGUGCACUUCGGCAAACGUCAACCGAAGAGACAGUUCCAGCGGAAGAGGAAGCUCCAGCGGAAACGUCACUGGCUUCAUUCGAGGCAUCUUCCGAGGCAUCAUUCGCGAAAAGGACCAGGAGAGUAAGACUGCGCAGGAACCAAGUGAGGCGGCCAGUCUUCCAGGUGAAGCGGCCAAUGUUCCGAUUGAAGACGACGCAAAAUCGUCCCACCCCAGCGCAAACGGAUCUGUUGUAAGUAUUGAAGAAGACGCUGCUAUUGUUACCACUGGCUUGGGAAGCGUAGUGCACAGUUCGGCGUCGUGCGGGGAAGUGAAUGGUAAUAAUGAGCAGGAUGGCACAAUUCUGUCUCGUCAAGAGAAUAAAGAAGAAGUGGAAGAUGAAGGGGAAACCAACCCGGAGCUGUGCGUCGGCGAAAUGGAUGCCUCUCCCAUUGUAGUCGAUGUGGAAGGCGAAGAAACCCGAUCGCAUAACUCGCCGAACGAGGAGGGGGCAGCCCAUGGUGAAGAUCAACUCGCAGGGGUGUCAACGACAACAGAGGAGUUAUGCAAUAAGGGAGGAGAAAUAAACCCUGAUGAGAGCCAUGGCGCCAGGACGAGUGAACAAGAACAACCGCAAAGUGACGAACUGCAUAACGGAAAACUACAUAACGGAGAACUGCUGCCUGACCAGCUGCUGCGCGAGCAAGGUGAGCCCCCGGCAUGGACUCCCCCGACAACUCGCCUGAUAAACGAGCUGAACGCAUCCAGCGGUGGCGUGAUCAGUCCGUUUAGGUGUCAUGCGUCCGAAGACAACUACGACAUGGGGGAGAGAAAAGGAAUGAAAAAAAGAAAAUACAACUCAGACUCAGAAAUGGUGAAUGCGAAUUGGGCUACAUCCACGAGGCAUUUGAAGAAGCUCAAAAAGACGGCGGAAGGUGUGUCCACUGCGCACAGUCAGGAGGGGGAGCAGCAACCGGAACAACUGCAACAAUCGCAAGAAUCGGACCAACUGAAACAAUCUGAACCACCGCAACAAUCGCAGCGGAGUGACGAAGAAGGGGAACACAUCAGUCAUAGCAGCGGAGAGUCCUUUCACGGGGAGGGGAGCUACAUGGGCGAUGGUGCGAGUUACCCCUACGAUGAUGAAGGAAGCGGAGAGGAUGACCUGAACGCUGAAUUGUACACGCAUGGGAAGGAAGAAAACAGAUUGUUGGAGUCAAUCCAAGGAGUGGGUGACGUAAGGGAGGUACCCAACUACAGAGACACCUACGAUAAUGCCGACCCGAACCUUCUCCAGAGCAGUCAGUAUCAUAAAGGAGAGAAUAAUUUCACCCCCUAUGAAGAAGAAAAUCACGAAAGGGAGAGCAACCGAAGUUGUUAUGUAAUUUCAUCAGACGAGGAGUGUGAGGGGAAUGACGACAAUGGAAGGGGGGCGUCCGCGGGGUUACAGCAGCGGGGCUGUGAAGAGGAGGAAGGCGACGAGGAAGAAGAAGACGAUGAUGAGGAUGGUCAGGAUGAUGAGAAUGAUGCAAUGGGUGAAUACCAAAAUGAGGGGUACGAACAGGAUGAAGAAGAGGAGAGCGAGGACGAUGGUGAGAACGAUAGUGAGAACGAUGGCGAGGACGCUAAUGAACAAUUCGAGCAGUAUGAAGAUUACGACGCGGCGGCAGAGGAGGAGGACUCUGAUCAGUACGAUGGAGGUAACUCCAAGGACGAGAUGGGGGAGGAUCAGGAGGAUGAAUAUGCCCAAUACGAUGAGUACAACGCGAGGGAUCCGGAAGGAGAAGAAGAUGACGAGCAAGACGGACACAGUGUAGGAAGAGAGCCAUCAGAAAAUGAACCCCUGGAUAGCUCCAAAGAAAUUACUGACAGUGCAACCAACCCCCCCUAUCGUCAUCAUGGUGAAACUUCCAAUGACGAGGGGCCCAACAAUGAUUCUUCCCCAUCUGCACAUUCCGACGGGAGCAAUGAAGCGGGGGAGGAGCACCCCGUUAUGUUCAAUCCGUCACAUGUACACAUGGCACAGACUGACGAGUCAUACGAGGAGAAUGCCGAUGAAGAGGGGGCCAUUAGCAUACCCUCUUCGCAUGAAAACAAUGAGGAGGUGUCUGACAAGCAGGGGGCGGACACAGAAGGUGGUGUGGAAGGCGACGCCGAGGAGGGUGAGCAGGACGGCGAAGAGCACUAG